CCACUCUGUACUCUAAUCCUAAUCAUUUAAAGAGGGGUUGGUCGCUGGCAUGUACCGCUAAGCGUGAGACUCUGAGAGUAGAGAUUAGAGACUGAGAAGGUAGGAACCAAAAUGGAGUCCAAGCGAUCGUAAUUUAAUUAUAUAUAAAAAAAAGAGGGACGAUAAUAUAAAUAUAUACAAGGUAGAUUAUUAUUAGAUAUAGAUCAAAGGAAAGCACAAAAAUGGCUGGAGGAGUUCUUGUCGUCGACGUACCCGCUGGUGGCUUUCACGGCAAGGUAACGGCGUCAGUGGUGAUUACGUGCAUCGUUGCUGCCUCUAGUGGCCUCAUUUUUGGCUAUGACAUCGGAAUUUCAGGUGGAGUGACCACAAUGGGACCGUUUCUGAAGAAAUUUUUCCCAUCUGUACAAAGGAACGCAGCAGAAGCAAAAACAAACAUGUACUGCGUCUACGAUAGUCAAGCUUUGACAGCAUUCACAUCUUCACUUUACAUAGCUGGCUUAGCUGCAUCCCUAGUUGCAAGCCGCCUGACAGCAACCUUGGGCCGCCGGAAUAGCAUGGUUUUUGGCGGUUGCACCUUCUUUAUUGGAGCUGCAAUUAAUGGUGGUGCUGCUAAUAUCGCUAUGCUCAUAUUAGGCCGUAUCUUGCUCGGAUUCGGGGUUGGUUUCACUAACCAAGCGGCUCCUGUCUAUCUUUCGGAGGUAGCACCCCCGAAAUGGCGGGGGGCAUUCAACACAGGCUUUCAGUUCUUCAUUGGAAUCGGUGUGGUGGCGUCCAACUGCAUAAACUACGGCACAGCUCACCACAACUGGGGCUGGCGUCUAUCGCUAGGCCUUGCCAUGGUCCCGUCAGCCAUAAUGACAACCGGGGCCCUAAUGAUCUCCGACACGCCGAGCAGCUUGGUCGAGCGUGGCAAGCUACCUGAAGCCAAGCUCUCGCUGCUCAAGGCCAGAGGCAAAGACUCUGACGUGGAAGCUGAGCUGGCGGAGCUGGUCAAGUGCAGCGAAAUCGCCAAAGCAGCAGGGCGAGCGCCGUUCUUGACCAUAUUGGAGAGGCAGUACCGCCCUCACCUGGUGAUGGCGAUAGGGAUACCCUUCUUUCAACAGGUGACUGGGAUCAAUAUCAUUGCCUUCUAUGCACCUGUUCUCUUUAAGUCCGUUGGAUUUGGAAGCGACUCGGCUUUGAUCGCAGCCAUCAUACUUGGUUUGGUCAACCUUGGUUCCAUCCUCGUGUCUUCGUUUGUCGUAGAUCGGUACGGUCGGAGGUUUUUGUUCAUCGUUGGAGGGAUCCAAAUGUUUGUUUGUCAGGUGGCGGUGGCUGGCGUGCUAGCAGCUACGACGGGUGUUUCUGGGACGAAGCACAUAACGAAAGGGUAUGCCACACUAGUACUAGUGCUAAUGUGCAUGUACGCUGCUGGUUUUGGAUGGUCAUGGGGCCCUUUGAGCUGGCUCAUCCCUAGCGAAAUCUUUCCCAUGAAAAUUCGACCCACGGGCCAAAGCAUCAGCGUUGCAGUGAACUUCGGGACCACCUUUGUGUUGUCCCAAACCUUCUUAACAAUGUUGUGUCACUUCAAAUAUGGAACCUUCCUCUUCUACGCCGGUUGGAUCGCAGCCAUGACUGGUUUCGUAGCGCUUUUCUUACCGGAGACCAAAGGAAUCCCUUUGAACUCCAUGGGCGCUGUUUGGGAGCGCCAUUGGUACUGGGGUCGCUUUGUGAAAGAGCAACUCCAUUGUCAGGGGAAUUCUCAUUAAGAUAAUAUUAAUAUUGUUUUGUUUACUACUUGGCACUUGCGAUUUUUAUAUUGUUAAAUUGUUUGAAUAUGUAUUUGCUUUUAUUUAAUUACCUCAAAGUGAAACUAUUAGUGCAUGUAUCCAUAGCUAGUCUUUAUUGAUAAGUUAUCCAUACAUGUAUACAUAAGUUGAAGUUGAUCCAACAAAAAAAGUUACACUACAACAAAUAUAUGAUUUUUC